AUGAAUAUUAAAUACAUAUCUGAUAUUGAAAGAUAUAUUAUCUAUGACCAGCUACAUGCAGUUGCAGUUUGGGCUGCGCAAGCUGUUGACACUCGUCUGGAGCUCCUGCGAAAUCCCGCAACCUCUCUGCCAGAAAGUUAUGCCACAAAUUCACCACCCCUGAUCCUCAUCGGUGGUAAAUCGCUUGCCACCUAUCAGCUCGUCAAUGAGCUUUCGACGGCGCUAUCCUCCAAAUUUUCCUCCUUGGUCCGACUUCCUUCUAUCGAGUCUCUCAAUACUGUUACCAUCCCCGACGGUGCUACCGUUCUCGGCUUGUCCGAAUUAGAUGAGCCUCUGAUGCGAGAGGUGACCGACGAAAGGAUUGAAGCACUCAAAGGACUUUGGAGGUCUGUAAGAAACAUUUUAUGGGUAUCAAAAGGCGCUCGGGCCGAACAGCCAUAUUCAUACAUGAUGUUCGGUAUCGGGACGGUCGUCAAAUUUGAACAGCCGAAUAUCAAUUUCCGGCUACUGUAUCUUGACAUCCUGGACAAGGAGACUAGCUCUAUCAUCUCAGCUGUUGAUGAUUUGCUCUGGUCUUCUGAACCCGAAGUCUUCAUUGAAAACAACCAGAUGCUAAUCCCACGUCUGUACCUGAGCUCGAGGCAGAAUCUCCGGGCCAACUCCUCUAGUCGUGCAAUAUUUGAGCAGGUUGACCCGGCAAGGGCAGAUGUGAAGCUUGUGGGCUCUGGCGACUCUUUCCAACUUGAAGAGGUCUCACCGCUAAGGGUACCCCAAUUGAGGUUAACCGGCGGUGCUCCGGUCAUGAUCCGUUGUCACGUCCUCCUCUACAACUUGAUCAAGGCAGCUGUCUCCCAGGAAGCUGCCAAGGACCGUGUCAAUGUUCAGUUCACGACAUGCAGUCGUCAAUCUGGUGGAGAAUUGAUCUGGAUCCACCAUGCUAUUCCUGCGCGUCUUAUCAAAGAGAAAUCUCCACGAGGUACAUUGGUCUUCGUCAACUUUGCAGCACCCGAAGGACCUGACACACACGUGGCACGAACAAUGGAAACCUGUGUGCCUGAGGACUGUGUGAUAGUAAGUACUGCUUCAUUAUUCUGCGACAAGCUGUACACUCGCCCUGAAGCCGAGUUCGCCCAGUUGGGCGAUGUCCUUCAAGCUGCGUGGAAAUCUGUGAUGGAGAGGCCACAGUCCGACAGUCAAUUUGUCAAUGGAUGGAUGGCUCAACAUGGAGCUGGCUGCAGCGUUCUGACCAGCCGCAACCCCAAGCACGAAGUUGAGAACGGAACCAAAAGAGUUACCAUGAAGAACCCACAUCAUGAGGAUCAUGUCAAAGACAUCAUCGAAACUGAAAAUAGUGCAUACCCUAAUGAGGAAAUCAUAAACUCCUUCAGUCCAGAGGAGCAGAAGAAAAUCAUCCGAAGAGUUGAUAUUCGCUUGGUUGUUACUAUGGGAUGUUUAUUCAUUGUCAGUCUGUUGGAUCGAACAAAUCUCGGAGCUGCCUCGGUUGCAGGAAUGCAGAAAGAGCUGGGUAUGAACGCAUCGAACAAUGGCUACAGUAUCAUUUCGUUGGUAUUCUUCGUCACAUACACCCUCUUCCAGAUCCCUGCCACAGUCAUUAUUCGCACACUUGGACCUCGAAUCUUCCUCGCAGGCAUUGUGACUCUCUGGGGAGGCGUUAUGAUUGGUUUCGGCUUCGUCAAGAACUGGGAAUCCAUGGCUGGCUUACGCGCAAUCCUCGGUGGUCUAGAGGCUGGACUGUUCCCCGGCAGCGUCUAUCUUCUUAGUACUUGGUACCCUCGCUACGAACUACAAAAGCGCAAUUCUGUGUUCUUCCUUAUCGGAAGCGUUGCCUCCGGCUUUGGCGGUAUCUUAGCCUACGGGUUAUCGCAGAUGGAUGGGCUAGGCGGGCUUUCCGGUUGGCGGUGGAUUUUCAUUAUAGAAGGCCUUCUUACGUGUGUCCUAGGCCUCGGCUCCUACAUUUUGCUAGUCGACUUCCCGGAUAAAGCUCCGAAGUCCUGGAAAUUCCUUAACCAAACCGAAGCCUCAUUUAUUAUCACGACAAUCGAACGUGAUAGAGCAGAUACCACUUUUGAGCCUUUCUCUCUCCAAAAAUAUCUAGCAUACGGCAAAGACAGUAAGGUCUGGGCAUAUGCGAUCUUAUAUAUGUUAGCUACUAUGCCUAGCUAUGCGAUUGCAUACUUUCUUCCGAUCAUUCUGCAAGAGAGCAUGCACUUUUCCGUGGUGAAGGCACAAUGUCUUGUUGCCCCACCGUAUGCUUUUGCGGGUGUGGUGAUGUACAUCCAGGCAGUUUACUCGGAUAAAUGGCGUUUGCGGGGACCCAUUAUUGUUGGAAACGCGCUUGUGGCGAUUCUUGGGCUAGCGCUGCUAGGUUUUCUUAAGGAUCCGGCCCCCCGGUAUUUUGGAGUCUUCUUAGCUACUGCGGCUGCAAAUGCAAACUGCCCGGCGAUGGUAUCUUGGCAAAGCAACAACAUCCGCGGCCAAUGGAAGCGAGCCUUUACAUCUGCGACAUCGAUCGGUGGAGGCAGUAUGGGAGGCAUCAUUGCGACAACAGUAUUCCGCGCUCAAGAUGCUCCUGAUUACAUACCAGGUCUAAUCGCGGCUAUAUUGGCCAAUGGUUUGAUUGUCGUGGUUGCAGGCCUACUCACACUUAAGUAUAAUCGGGCAAACAAGCGAGUCGAUGCUGGAGGAAAGCCGAUUGAGAGAAAGAUUGGGUUCAAGUAUACGUAUUGA